UCCUCCUUCAUUUCGCAAGGUUUUGCUGCAAGGUUGCCAGAUUGAUCGUCUCUAUUCACUAACCAGUCACGUGCAAAAUCAAAAUCAUAAGAAGACAUCUACGAAAACACUUUCCGUGACUGCAACAAAAAUGAUAAUAAUAAUAAAAACGGACACGUAAAAAGAGGUGAGUCGUGCGAUCUGGCAACUCCGAGGAGCUCUCGCGCGCCCCGCGCGUCAUGCUGCAGAGCGCAGCGGCGUGACGUCAACGCACCGGAGCGCGCGAGCUCGGCUCCGCGGGAGGAAAAUACCGGAGGAUAGACCGAUAGAGGUUUGAAGGCAGCGCCCAUAAAGAAAACAUGUAAGAAAAUACAGUGGAAAGACACAAACCACAAGAGUGUUCUUUCAGUCGUGUAUCAGAAGGUGGAACGUGUACAGAUUUUUCAGCAUGUGGUUGAACUGCAGUGUCCUACAUGAAGCCGAGAUGAGUAGAGGUCUCUGGUGCCCAGCCUGUUCAGGGCGGCGCCCGGUGGCCUGAGCCUGGCAUGGCCUCUCUGGAUCUGCCGUACCGCUGCCCUCGCUGUGGGGAGCACAAACGCUUCCGGAGCUUGUCAUCACUGCGCGCCCACCUGGAGUACAAUCACACCUACGAGACGCUCUACGUGCUCUCAAAGUCCAACAGCGUGUGCGACGCCGCCGCACUGCUCCCUCUGGUGGCCGACAGCGCCCUGGCUGCCGAAUCCCGCUUCCCCUGCGCGGGCGACGAGCUCGGGCUUGCCACGACCUCGUCCGCCGGCGCCCGCUACCUUCCCAAUGUGGAGUUCCCACUCGGCGAGAUCCUGGUGAAGAAAGCCAUGAGCUCAAUGGACCCGGGUGCCAUGGAAGCUGCUUACGAGGAGGGCUUGGCACGCCUCAGGGCUAGGGCCUUCGAAAGGCUCGAGCUGGAUGAGAGACUGGAGAAACUGUCCGAAGAAGUGGAGCAAAAGAUCGCAGCACGUGUGGGGCGCCUGCAGGCCGAGCUGGAGAGGAAGAGCACGGAACUGGAGAAGGCCAAGCUGGAGAGUGAAAGGCUCAGCCAGGAGAAACAGGAGCUGGAAGACAAGGCCUCAGAGUUGUCACGCCAGGUGGACGUGUCGGUGGAGAUGCUAGCCAGCCUAAAGCAAGACCUGGUCAACAAGGAGCAAGAGCUCACGCACAAACAGCAAGAGGUGGCUCAGAUCGAUCAGUUCCUGCAGGAGACGGCGGCACGCGAAGCCAGCGCUAAAGUGCGUCUGCAGCAGUUCAUCGAGGAGCUGCUGGAGCGAGCAGACCGAGCGGAGAAACAGCUCCAGAUCAUCAGCAGCUGUGGAACCACGCCGAACGGGAGCCUCAGCCACUGCAGCCUGCAAGGCUCCAAAUCCAACGGGCGACAGAGGAACUCCAGUAUCUCUGGCUCGAGGGGCGUGUACCAGGUCUCAGAUCGACGCUCGUCUCCCAGCACUGGGGCGUCUGGUCGGUCGAAGUCGGCGUCCCAGGCCUCGGUGGCGGGUUACGACAGUGACAGCGCUGAGCUGCAGGCGCUGGAGGGAAGUCUGGAGGCUCAGUACUACCACGGGCAGUGCCGUCCGGGAGAACCCUCGCCUUACGAGCGCCGCAACUGGGGCCUCCGCAAGCAAGCCAUCCAGAACUGGCAGCGGCGGCCGUACCGUAACAGCACCGAGGGCGAGGAAGGGGACGUCUCCGACGUGGCCUCACGCACCACCGAGUCCGAGGCAGAAAUGUGGGAGCAGGAGAGGAGGGCGGAGUGUCAGCAGCAUUGCCCUCACCGCAGUGGCUACCGGCUGGGGACAGGCCGUUCUGAAGGUUGCUACAAACUCUGCCGUCACGAGAAGAGCCCGUCCAAGACCAGCGAGGUGAUCAGCCCCGAGGUGCUCAAGAUGCGGGCGGCGCUUUUCUGCAUCUUUACCUACCUGGACACUAAAACCCUGCUGAGGACGGCCGAGGUGUGUCGCGACUGGAGGUUUGUGGCGCGUCACCCCGCCGUCUGGACAAGAGUGCUGCUGGAGAACGCUCGCAUCUCCUCCAAGUUCUUGUGCACUCUCUCUCAGUGGUGCACGCAGACCCACUCUCUGAUCCUGCAGAACCUCAAACCGAGGCAGAGAGGAAAGAAGGAGACCAAGGAGGAAUAUCUGAAGAGCACACGUGGGUGUCUGGAGGAAGGUCUGGAGGCCUUGCUGAAAGCGACGGGAGGAAACCUGCUCAUUCUGAAGGUGUCUCAUUGUCCAAACCUGCUGACCGAUCGCUCUCUGUGGCUGGCCAGCUGCUACUGCCGAGCCCUACAGGCUGUAACGUACCGGAGUGCUACAGAUCCAGUGGGUCAGGAGGUGAUCUGGGCUUUGGGAGCAGGCUGCAGGGACAUCAUCUCCUUACAGGUGGCACCAUUACAUCCCUGUCAACAACCAGCCCGCUUCAGUAACCGCUGCCUGCAGACGAUUGGCCGGUGCUGGCCACACCUACGAGCUUUGGGAGUGGGCGGAGCUGGAUGUGGUAUACAGGGAUUGGCCUCGUUGGCGAGGAACUGUAUGAGGCUGCAGGUGCUGGAACUGGACCACGUCAGUGAGAUUAAUCAGGAAGUGGCCGCUGAAGUGUGUCGUGAGGGUCUGAAGGGUUUGGAGAUGUUGGUUCUCACCUCGACUCCCGUCACGCCCAAAGCUCUCCUUCACUUUAACAGCGUGUGCCGUAACCUGAAGUCCAUUGUUGUACAGAUCGGUAUUGAAGAUUACUUUGAAGACCCCAACAGCCCUGAGGCCAGAAAGCUCUUUGAUGAGAUGGUGAACAAACUCCAGGCUUUAAAGAAGAGGCCGGGUUUCUCCAAAAUCCUCCACGUAAAGGCUGAUGGUCUGUGCUAACGCCUUCUACUGCGACACGAACUGUGGAAAACCAACAACUCCUUUAUGGAAAAAGCUGAAUCUUUAACUUCAAGUUUUCAGUUACCGUGACGACGACAACACAGGAAACUUCUCAUUACAGUAUUAUAAUCGGAGAUACAAUUUUACUCGCCUGUAGCCGAGUCGGCUUUGGGGUUUCGGCUUCGACCGAUAAAUCUUACGGAGAACGCCGAGUCUCUCUCGAGACCCGAUUCCAGCUCGACAGCGUCAGACGACCGUGAUGAUCAGAUCAUCGAGUUUCACUGGAUAUAAAUUUAUAGCACAGAGCUGCAACCGGGAAUUUUUAGCCAAGGAAACGAGGGAGGUCCUAGAAUACAGAGUUGUGGAACACCACAAAUAUAUAUAUAUAUAAAAAUUAAAUAAAAAUACAUACACGGUGAGAGAAAACUCCUCGACUUGGAGUCGAGGGUUUGCGGUGCGCGUAAUCGAUCGGUAUUAAACAGGAAUGAAAUUUAAACCUGGGUUAGCAUUCUAGCGAGUGUAUUGCGAACACUCCAGCACAAUGAGAGGAGUCCCAACGUCCUGCUUUACAAAAAGAACCAGAUUAGAAAUUUGACCGUUUUCUUCUAGUCAAAUCCAAGCAAAACAGGACGUAGAAGGUGUUACGCCCAACGGAACGUGAAAGAUUUGUGCCGUAUCAUCCUCCUAGCAUCAUCCAUCCAUCCAUCCAUCCAUCCAUCUAGGAACACAUCAACCAUAGUGUUUUGGAUCUGCAUGUGGUUUCGUCGUGACCUCCGACAUGCCGUUCAUGCUGCGUGUUCAACACGAAGCGCCUGACGUUCGGCAUCCGUGGAAUAUCGUGCCUCAUCGAAAAGCAACUUUUAGUUGACAUGGUGCUUUUAUUUCAAGUCUAUGAAAAUUCCAUUUAAAAAAAAAAAAAAAAAAAAAAAAAAAAAAAAAGCAUUGACCUUCCAUCAAGCUCACGUCUCACGAGCGCCAUCUGCUGCCAGUUAAUGCGUUUCAAGUAAAACAUGUACAAGGUGCCAUAUUUGUAGGGGUGGGCGAUAUGGCUGAAGUAUCACGAUAUGAAUCACGAUAUCUAGGUUUGAUAACAGAGCGCACGGCGUUUAGUCGUGUAAAAAGCAGGCAGUUGUCAAUUUUAUUCAACAUUUUCUAAAAAAAAAAAACGUGAAAAAGAAGGAAAAUAAAACCGGUGGCGACAUUGGAACGAUGCCAAUGGUCUGACUGAACGUGAAUAAAGUGUCAGAUUAAGAAAAGGGACACAGGAUGACAAGAUUGCCUAAUUCACUCUGCAAAUUCACCAACUUUUAAAAAGCAUGAGCGAAUAGAAACUGGGGGCGUGGCUGUCUGGUGUGGCUCCACCCCCGGGAGAAAAACAGAGGCAUUUCUAAUUAAGUAGAACCGCAAAAUAAAUAAAUAAAUAAAAAGAUCGUAUACAGAUUAGUCCAAGCGUGCAUCUCAACCAGUCCCGUAGUUCAGUAGUCAGGACGCUGAUCAGGGAGUCAGCGUGUUGCUCAGCUCUACUUAGGAUAUACUUACAGAAACCCGUAUAGUGAUGUAAAAAUGGCAUCGUGAGACCGCUCAGGUGCGGCACCUUCCACAUUCCGCCUUUAACUGAUGAGCCAUUGCAAACACCUGGUUCUGUUGGAUGAAGAAAAACCAAAAUUUCACACUCUUAGCAAAAACGGGCACACCGGAGCCGUGAACUAAACGAUCAGAUCAAAAAGCUUUCACGAACCGAGGAACCUUUGAGGAACCCUUUUGCUAAGAGUGUGAAGCUGGAACCGGAUGGCUCGCCGUAGAAGUCGGAAGACGUUCUUCUGCUCGUCCAUUUCAUCAUCCGUGCUAGGGAGAUCUUUUCUGCGUUCCUCACAAAACCCUUACAUCCAUCUUGGUUUUGUGUGUGUGUGUGCGCGCGUGUGUGUGUGACACUUUAAGCCACGACUUAAAAUCUGGGAUUUCAUAAGUAACGAAACAUCUAGAGAUGUUUCGUUCCACCACAGCUCUAACGCUCCAUCAGCAAAUGCAAUAACAGUGACGCAGACGUGGUGAGGAUUUUGGCGACCUCGCGGUCCUGUCCCGGUUAUCCAUCAGGCAUCGGUGUUCUCCCCGGAGCCAGACUUCGAUCUCUACCCUUUCUACUCAGAGCGCUUUAGUCUAUGGGGAAAUCACUUCGUGUUGUGUUGUGCGGUACUUCCUGUAUUCAAUCCCCACAGGGUUCGAGUUUCUCCUCAAGUUAUCCUACUCCGCAGUUCGUCCGAGGCGUCCGCUCUCGACUUUUGUCCGAAUAGAAGGUAGAAGGAAGCACUUGAUGUUGUCACGGUGAGAUUCGGUACAGCUUACGAAUUGCAGACGCGUGGACGGCAGAACGGCGCAGUCCUUCACCAACGCCGCAUUUUCAGUUCCUGACAAUCCGUCUCCUGAAGACUUUAAAAGCUGUACAUACGUUAUUUAUGCACAACCGAAGAGUCAUGUUAUGUGAAUAUCCAAAAAAAAAAAAGAAAAAAAAGCAAGCAACAGACGUCCCGGAGCAUCGUUGAGCUCCGACGUCUUAUUUUCCUUUCCAAAGUUCUCUUCUGUGGCGCCCGAGUCGACCACACGGAACAUCUCUUCUAAAGAGUCGUGUUGAAUUUGCAGUACGUUGUGCAUCAUAGAUGCUUUAUAUAUUGAAUGUGUAUCAGAGUCCUUAUAGAGAUGGAAAAAUUAUUUAAGAAGAGAGCAUAGAGUUUAUUCAAACUAUUUAUUUCUAUAAAAAACAAACAAAAAAAAGUGUCUAUAAUGAUGUUUGGCAUGUUUGUGUUCAAGCAUAAUAAUACAUCCUGUUGCCUUCGUAACUGUUUGACGAUAGUUGCUAGAAUAUUAGACGUGAGAGCUUUACUGCUUGCCGGUUUUUGGGUUUUUUUGUUGUUUUGUUUUGAAGACUUUGCACCAUGAUAAAAAAAAAAAAAAAAGAUUGGAAAAUGCUAGUGUUUAAGUAUUAAGGUGUUAUUCGAUGUCACUUUGUUUAACGUGGGGCUUUUUUGCAGUAUUUGACAGAUGAUGCACUUUUUAUCCGAGCUCUUUCCGAGGUCACGACCGCCCGUUCUGUAAGGUUCCGGUACUCUUAAGCCGAAAAAAAAAAAAAACACCCCAAAAAGCUUUACCGUUAGCGACGUUUCUUCUGCACCCAAAUAUGGAUCAGUCGAGAUUCCACAAGCGCGUUUGUACUGCAGGAACCUUUUCUGGAGGUCAGAAACUUUUCGUUUCCACCUAAAAGAACCAGAACCGAGUUUAGUUCUCGGGACCUGGUUCAAGAUCUUUUAAGCUCCUGUUCCAAGAAGAGGCUCGCUACAUUUAUCGGUCAAACUCGAGCUUUACAGAUUCACCAACUCCCCUACACGCAAAUGCUGAAACUUGCUUUAAAAAAAAAAAAAAAAAAACAACAACAAAAAAAAAACACCCCAGUUCAGGAUCUGCAAGCAGGAACGAAAUUUAGGAACCAAACCCCCCCCCCCC